UGCUUUUCGUAGUCUCUAUCAUCGUCGUUUGAAGUUUUUUCACAGACAGUUCCAUCAUUGCUGUGCGGUUUUUGAUUAAUUUUUGUAGAGAUUCUCAUAAAAUUUCUGCACAAUUGUGUGUGCAUUUAAUUUGAUAUAGUGAUAUAGAUCUUUAAAUCCGAGUGGAGCUUCAAUUACACAUCGGCUAACUCGGAACAGCAGGAAAUUACCGACAUCAAUCUAAAACACUUCAGAAUUCCAUACAUCAAUAUAAAAAAGAUAAUCUUUUUUAUAUUUGUACAAUAAAUUAAUACAGCACUCGACGACAGUACUAAUAAAAAAAGAAAGAAAAGCAUACAAACAUGGGGAAUGUAUUUGCAAAUCUGUUCAAAGGUCUCUUCGGUAAAAAAGAAAUGAGAAUAUUGAUGGUCGGUUUAGAUGCCGCUGGUAAAACCACAAUUUUGUACAAACUUAAAUUAGGCGAAAUUGUAACAACGAUACCUACCAUUGGUUUCAACGUCGAGACUGUAGAAUACAAGAACAUUAGCUUUACAGUGUGGGAUGUGGGCGGUCAAGAUAAAAUUCGUCCAUUGUGGAGGCAUUACUUCCAAAAUACACAAGGUCUCAUAUUCGUCGUUGACAGCAAUGAUAGAGAACGUAUCGGCGAAGCGAGAGAAGAAUUAAUGCGUAUGUUGGCUGAAGACGAGCUCAGAGAUGCUGUUUUACUUAUAUUCGCAAACAAACAGGAUCUGCCAAAUGCAAUGAAUGCAGCCGAAAUCACCGACAAACUCGGUCUACACUCACUAAGAAACCGCAAUUGGUACAUUCAGGCGACGUGUGCAACCAGCGGCGAUGGUCUAUAUGAGGGUCUUGAUUGGUUGUCCAAUCAGCUUAAGAACGCUAAUCGCUAAAUGAAAUUCUUAUUUUUCUUUAACUUAGCAUCCGCAGCAGCAAAAACAACAACCACAAAAAUCAACAACAACAAAUAACAUACAAAAUAAUUAAUUUUGAUUUAAUAAUAAUAAUAAAAGAAACCCGAAAAUAAAGUUAUUACAAAACAAACAUCAAAAACAAAAAAAUGAACGUCAAACAACCAAUUUCAGUAUAUACCAUCCACCAACACCCACAAACUCCCCUCGCUCACGAGGGAUGUUAGAAAAGAGAGAGCCACUCCAAUAAUUAUUUUCUCUUGGGCGCGCAUUCAACAUCAACAACAACAACAACAACAGCAAUUCGAAGAAAAAGUCCACCACCUUUUUCAUUCAUUAUUUAGACUAAAGACAAUUGAUGAAAACAAAGACAACCAAUAAAACACAUCCAUCGUUUGUAGUCUGUUUUUGCUCGAUCAGUAAGAAGAAAAAAAAAACAACAAAAGCAACAUUUUAACAAAUUGAAAUGAAAUGCAAAACUAUGAAAAUAAUUGUAUGUUAAAGCAAACAAAAAAGAUAAAUCCAUUUACUAUAAAGAAUUACGGAAUUAUAUAAAAACACACUUUUUCUAAGUAUAAUUUUAUCUCUAUACAUAUAAUAUAUUUUUAAUUUUAAAUUUUUUAAUAAUUGUGUAUUUUUGUUUUAUUUCCAAAUUCUCUCGUCGUAUCUCCAUGUACCACCACCACCCCGUCCGAGAGAGUUUAUCGCUUGUGUUGUUCAUAUCUCAUUUCCUAUUUUUUCUUUUUAUACACUCUCUUAUUGUCUAUAUAUUGUUCGUUUGUGUCUAUAUAUAAUAAUAUUGAUUGAUUGCUUACUUUUCCAACCAAAAAGAAAACAAAAAACCUUCAACUUGUGUAUCAAAGCAACAAUAUAAGGAAAACUCAAUAUUUUUAUUUGCUAAAACAGAAUAACAUCAACAACAUUCUACAACCAACAAAAGAAAAAACAAAAACAACCAACUACAACACAUACUUUAUAUUUAAAUAUAAUUAAAAAGGAGAAGAAACAUAAAAUUUAAAUAAAAAACUGUGUAAUAAUAAACGAA